AUGUCAUCAAUUCUCCGCCAAAUUGUCGCUGGUCCACGACUGCAGCACCAUGAAGCUGGUCUAGAUCUCUGCUACGUGACCAACAACAUCAUCGCAACCUCAGGGCCCUCCGCAACCUAUCCACAGCGCGCAUACCGUAAUCCCCUCGACUCGUUAGUCUCUUUUCUCGACUCGAAACAUGGCAAAAAUUGGUGUAUUUGGGAGUUCCGCGCCGAAGGCACCGGCUACCCAGACGAGGAAGUAUAUGGCCGAAUUCACCAUUUCCCGUGGCCGGAUCACCAUCCGCCACCCUUUGCGCUGAUUCCUAACAUUAUGGGGAGUAUGCGAAACUGGUUACACAGGCUGGAUGGGAAGGAAGACGAUGAACCCGGUGAGCGAGUGGCUGUUGUGCAUUGCAAGGCUGGGAAGGGGCGGAGUGGGACCGCUGCGACGGGGUACCUCAUUAGUCAGGAGGGGUGGAAGAAAGAGGAUGCGUUGAAGCGGUUUACGGAGAGGAGGAUGCGCGUGGGAUUCGGGAAUGGAGUCAGCAUUCCUAGUCAGAUACGGUACGUUGGGUAUAUUGAUCUGUGGGCGAAUGAGCUAGGAAAGGAGUACGUGGAGCGGCCUGUUGAGAUCCUCGAGGUGCAUCUUUGCGGCUUGAGAGAGGGUGUCAAGGUGGCUGUGCAAGGUUUCGCCGAGCAAGGCAAGAAGAUCAAGGGACUCCAUCUGUUCCACCGCAGCGAGCGGACUGUCGUUGCAAAAGGAAACCCCCUUAAGAAAGAUGGCAACGGCAGCAAGGAAAACCUGGAUAAAUCAACCGUUCAAUCGUCUGCAACAUGGUCGCCCGCCCAAUCUGAAGAUUCCGCGACCCCGUCUGCAUCGGCAUCUGAUCUGACACGCCGAUCAACCGUGUCCUCAAGCCGCAACCUAGCUGCAGUGAUAUUCCGCCCCGCAAAACCCCUCAUCGUGCCAGGAUCAGACGUGAAUAUCGACUUCGAGAGACGCAGCAAAGCCGCUUAUACAGGUUUCGCCAUGGUAACAUCCGUCGCGCACGUCUGGUUCAACGCCUACUUCGAAGGCGGCAAAGACCAUGAUUCGGGAGUUUUCGAGAUCGACUGGGAGGCAAUGGAUGGAAUCAAAGGCAGUGCGAAGAAGGGCACACGUGCAUUCGAGCGUCUCAAGGUGGUAUGGCGGUACCCAUUUCCGCCAUUUGAUGCGCAGAAGAAAGAUGAAGCCAAAGUCACGACCAGCAAAUCAAUCAACGAACCGAAACCAGGCGAGCCUAUUCCUGAAAGUGGCCCUGCCGAUUGGCGACCGCAGGAACCAACGCAAGAUUCAGACGCCCAAGCUAGUGAUUCUGAACACAGGGAAAAGGAGAACCAACCUCCUCAGGAUAAACAAGCUAAGCACACAUCGACAGGAAGUAAGCUAUUAGCUGUUGGUGUGGGAUCAUUACAUGAGCUUGAGAAAUCAUUAGGACUGCGCAAGCAGACUGAUGAAAGCAAGGAUGUAAGCUUGGCUGGGAGUGAUGAUGAGGCAUACUCUAUUCGGUCGACGACUGAUGAUGAGGAAAAGCUGAAGGACGGCAAUGGGGAUUUGGAGGGAGUAAAGUCCCACUUUGAGAAGAAUGCGGACAAUGGCCCGAAGGAUGGAAAGACAACAUAG